AUGAGUCACAAGCUGCGUAAACUUUGGAGUAUCAAGGUGUCGCGGUUAAAUAACACUUUCGUUGCUGAGGACUCUGAUUACAAAGAAUCGGGAAUUGACACUUGGCCCACGCAAGCGUGUAUAGGUGGUUGCAAUCGUUUCCUGUAUAUCGUAACAUCAUGGAAUCUUCGAGCUUCUUAUUUUGGAGCUGAAUUGACACCGAACCAUGAAAGAGGUCAAAAAGAUUGUCAAUGGAAACCAGGCUCUGGUCGGCAAUACAUGCGAGUAUGCGCGUGGCGUUUACAGCAGCGAGUUCUCGUCUUGUGUGUAGAAGUGAACGAAACCAGCCCUGUUGGGGCGGCGCCGGAGACCCUUAGAUUUCCUGACGUCAAGGCUAUAAGCUGA